UCCUCCACGUCCCGCCGUCAAAGCAGACGGACAUUUCGCGGUUGCGCUGAGCCACCGUUACUGCGCCGUCAAGUACCAAGUUUGGAGGCCAUUGAAGUAGGAAGUGAGUAGGUCAUUUAGCAGGCGUAGGAAAAGGGAAGGGAGUAAAAAAUUUCAGAAGGCCAAGAGAAGGGUGGGAAGACUUGUAUUAAAAAUUGAUAAUAAAUUCUGGUUUUAGUUUGAAAUGGGUGUCGGCACGGUGAAGAAUUGACGCGGGUUAUUCAUGGCAGUCUCGUUUAACGUCAACCGACUCGGAGUUUCACAAAAGAAAAAUUAAAUAAGGGGGAGUCUGAUAGAGACAUUUUGUCAAACAGUUUGCGUGCAUCCUCGUACGGAUUCGGGCGCCUUGCUGUCGAGCAGAAAUUUAAAAGAUUUGUACAGUUGGAAAUAUAAUUCAUGAGCAGGCGCCUGGACAGGCUUUCUGAAUGGAGGGCGCCAGAAUCUCCGUUGUUGGAAUUGCAGGGGUUUCUGAUUGAUUGGAUUGCACAAGCGCAGGUUUGGGAUAGUGGAGAUGUGGUUGGGGGUGUGGAGGGGAAUAAUUAUGGCGCUUGAAGGAUUUGUGUGUCAUUGACGGUUGUGGCAACUGGCUUAUUGUCAAGACGAGUUGGGGAGACGGAUAUGGGAAAGGCGGUGGUGGGCUGUGCUAUGGCUUGCGCCGCUGUGUCUUGUGCGGUGGCGGCGCUCUUGGUGGCGAGAAGGGUGAAGAGUCGAUCCAAGUGGAACCGCUUGGUCGGCAUUUUGAGAGAUUUUGAAGAGGGGUGUUCGACUCCUUUACAGCGGUUGCGCCAGUUGGUGGACGCCAUGGCCGUCGAGAUGCAUGCUGGAUUGGCUUCUGAAGGCGGCAGUAAGCUCAAGAUGCUGCUCACUUUCGUGGACACUCUUCCUACCGGGGAUGAGGAGGGAGUGUAUUAUGCCCUGGACUUGGGUGGGACAAAUUUCAGAGCAUUGCGGGUUCAACUUGGUGGAAAAGCAAAAAGAAUCAUGAAACAAGAAAGUACAGAAGUUCCAAUACCUGCUGGUUUAAUGAAUGGAACAACUGAGGGUCUUUUUGAUUUCAUUGCAGAGAAACUAGAAGCGUUUGUGCUGAGUGAAGAUGAUAGUUUACAGCCUAUUCCUGGAAGGCAAAGGGAGCUCGGCUUUACUUUUUCUUUUCCAAUAAAGCAGCUGUCUGUUUCCUCGGGCACACUCAUCAAGUGGACAAAAGGAUUUGCAAUUUUAGACACGAUUGGAAAGGAUAUCGGGGAUUGUUUACAGAAGGCACUUACCAAGAAAGGGCUAAAUAUGCGAGUUGCGGCUUUGGUGAAUGACACUGUUGGGACACUUUCUUGGGCACGCUAUCAAGAUGAGGAUGUCAUGGCUGCAGUCAUUCUUGGAACUGGAACAAAUGCAUGCUAUGUAGAACGAGCAGAUGCCAUAACUAAAUGCCAACUUUCAAAAUCUGGUGGAAUGGUUGUCAAUAUGGAGUGGGGGAAUUUCUGGUCUUCUCAUCUACCACGAACCAUUUAUGAUGAAGAUUUAGACAAAGCUAGUCUGAAUCCUGGCGAUCAGGGUUUUGAGAAACUGGUUUCAGGAAUGUAUCUUGGUGACAUUGUUAGAAGGGUAAUCCUUAGGAUGGCAGAAGAAUCAGAUUUUUUUGGUGAUUCAGUCCCUGAUAGUCUUCGCAAUCCAUAUAUCCUCAGGACUCCUUUAAUCUCAGCUAUGCAUCAGGAUGAGUCUGCUGAUCUGCAAGUAGUUGCUAGAGUAAUGAAAGAUAAUUUAGGGAUUUCCAAUAUCCCUUUUAAAGUACGGAAGUUGAUUGUGGAAGUGUGUGAUUUAGUCACUCAGAGAGCAGCUCGUUUGGCAGCUGGUGGCAUUGUUGGAAUACUUAAGAAGAUUGGCAGAGAUGGAGCUCCAGGCUUAACAGGAAGUAGUAGGAUGAAGAGUGACACAACAAAUAAGAUGAAGAGGACAGUUAUUGCCAUGGAUGGGGCUCUUUAUGAACAUUACCCAAAAUUUAGGCAGUAUUUGCAGGAAGCUGUUGAUGAGCUCCUCGGAGAGGAGACAGCUCAACAUGUUGUUAUAGAGUUAUUCAAAGGUGGAUCAGGAAUUGGAGCUGCUCUAAUUGCUGCUUCUCAUUCUACUUACUCAGAUUAUUAGUAGGCGCACCCUGAAGAGAAUUAUCAUUUUGGUCUGUUAAAUGAUUUCAGAAUUGUCAAUAUUCGAAGCGAUUCCAGUUCGUAAAGAAAUAUUCUUCAAUAUAAGCACACUGUAUUAUAGGUUGGUUACAGAUAGCUCAGGCUUUUACAAUUUGCAGGUUGUAUUUAUUUAGGCUUUUUCCUGAGCAUUUGCUCAGAUUUGCAUGUAUCGAUCUCUUGUAAAUGUGAGCUAUGUGUCUAUCAUCCAUUAUUUGGGAAAAAAAGCUAUUUUGUAAAAAGGAUUCAUUUCUGUAUUUAUUUUCCCCAAGGGAAGCAUCAGAUAACUGCUAUCGGUAUCAGAAUACUGAUAUAAGUCCAUGAAUCCUUCAAAACAGACAGUACAAAAAAUCUUUGUUUCAUCUGUGGGAAGUAUAAUGUGAAAAUGAUUCAUUUAUUUGUCAUUCUUAA